UUGUACAACUUGUUAUAGUACUAUCUCUUGACUUAUUAUUCUUGGUUGCAAUAAUAACUGGUCUCAGUUCAAAACAAAUCAAAGUAAGCUAUAUAAAUCCUCUAUAUACGUAUUGUCCUUUCUUGUCCCAUUUAUAGUUAGUCUUUGGCUCUUUGCUUCCUUUUUUAUCCCAUUGAUAGUUAGUCUUUGGCUCUUUACUUUCUUUUAAUUAAUACUACUUUAUCAUCACCAUUACUACUCUACAAGAAGCCAAACGGUCCCUAAAAAAAAGUACUCCAUCAAUAUUAAACUCCAUUCAACUUCAGAUUUUCAGUUACAACUUCUUGAAAUGCUUUAUCAAUAGCCAAUUUCAAGAAUCCCCUUUAUUCUACCAAAGAAAAAAUUGAUACUUUUGAUCUCCAGGCGGAAAUAUCUUUUAAGGUAGGGUAAGAUCUGCGUAUAUACUAUUCUCCCCAAACCCCACUGUUGGGGUUACCCUAGAUUUGCUAUUGUUGUUGUUGUUGAUCUCGAGGCGGAGAUACCUUCAAGGUAGAGGAAGGUCUCUGCGUACACACUACCAUCCUUAGACCUCCUUCGAGGCGGAAAUCAUCUAUAAUUAUAGUGGGUUAGAAAGCGUCAGUUCUUAUAUCGAGACGGUAAAAUAUCUAUCUUGGCAACAAGCAUCAAACACGUCAUUAACUGAUAGUUUAUCUUCCGAAUCAGUUAAUAAAAGUAUGGGGAAAGUGAGAGGAUUCAGGAUUGGAAGAAGGCUAGUGAGAGUUUUCAAGUGGUUUAUUCAUAGGAGAAGAAGGGGAAGAAUCAGCUACAAACGGUUAGGAUCCUCUAAUUAUGCAACAAGAGCAAUUUCAAAGCUAUGUAAUUUGGGAAAUUUGUUGAAGUAUGGUGCUAAAGGUCUUAAUUUUACAAGACCAAAUUCGGGUUAUAUUCGGGUCGGGCAAGAUUUCAUGGAGCAGAAGGAAAUGAUUGUACCAAAGGGUCAUUUGGCUGUGUACGUUGGUGAAAAAGAGGAUAAUGCAUGUAGAGUUUUAGUGCCUGUGAUUUACUUUAAUCAUCCUUUAUUUGCUGAUUUGUUGAGAGAGACUGAAAUGGAAUAUGGGUUCAAUCAUUCGGGUGGGAUCCAAAUCCCUUGUCGGAUAUCCGAAUUCGAGUACGUUCAAUCAAGAAUCGCCGCCACGGGUGGUGGUGGAAGACGCCGUGGAAGGCAGAGCUGGAGGCACAAGUACUGGUGAGUUGUGAUCAGAGACUAAUCUGAAAUUUAAAAGUAUACUAUUUUUUUUUAAUAAAUGUUUAUGGAGAAAGUAGUGUAAGUAGUUUUUGAUUCACUACUUAAUUUCCGCUCCGAUUAUGACCAUGUUAAGGUUUGUUAUUCUGUUUUAGUGAUCAGUUCUCUAGUUUCUUUGAUUCCACUCGGUCUCUUUUCCGGAAGUACGGAAGCUUAGUUUAAUAUUUUAUUUUGUCCUUUCUAAAAAGAAAGAAAAAAAUGUAUGUAAAAGUUUUUACAGUUAUGUCAAAGCUUGGGUUCUUAGGGUGUGGAUGAUAUAAUAUUUGUACAGAGUAUUUGUUGAA